AUGGCCAUAAGCCCCCAUGCAUCGUAUUCUUUGGAGGAUGUCGCAUCUCACAACCAAGAGAAUAGUUUAUGGGUUAUCAUCGACGACAAGAUCUUUGAUCUCACAAGCUACCUAGAUGACCAUCCGGGUGGGAAGAAAGUCCUACUUUCCGUGGGUGGCCAAGAUGCGACCAAGAAGUACCAUAAAUACCAUCGACCAGCAAUCAUGCACAAGUACGGGAACGAUCUCUGUAUCGGGACACUGAGAAGAGAUUCAAAGCCAGGGAAAGGUCUUCAGAAACUAUUUUCUUCAAUCUUCCACCGUUGA